UCCGUUUGCACACGUCAAAAAUCGAUGUGUGCAUUUGUUGAUUAGUCGCAGCCAGCAGCACAGUACAGCAUCGCCAUGUCCGAGCUGAUCAGCUACGAGGAGGAAUGCCAGCGAGCCGAGCUCUUGGGUCUGCAGCCGCCGGACAAAGCUGAAUUUGAGCGCAAACGCAGCGCACGGCUCGAACAGCAGCUGGCCGAACAGGAGGCUGCCGAGGCGGUCAUGCUGGAGCAGCAGGAUGAGUCGCUGCGCGGCGCCGGCGGCAAGCUGGACGAGCUGAACAGCAUCUUGUCUAGCACGCAGCAGCGCCUGAAUCGCUUUAAGCAAACGGCAUGCGGCAGCCUGACAAAUAUAUUUGCGCGUGGCGGCAGCCUUAGCGGCGCCAGUGGCGUCAGUGCUUCCAUGGAUGUGCCUGGCCAUAGCAUGGAGCAGCCGGCUGAACAGCAGCAGCAGGCGCCAGUGCAAAGGCAGCCACAGCCCAUGGCGCCGCCCACAGCCGCUGAGGUGGCAGCGGCCAAGGCGGCCAAGCGUGUCAUGAUGGAUGGCCAGCUGGACAAGCUGGACGCCCUGAUCAACAAAGCGGACAAUGCGCAGCUGGCCAUGAGCGAGCAGACAAAGCAAAUGCGUCGCAUAGCCAAGUGAAAGAAGCGUGCUUCGAGCGGUUGUUUGGGAUCGGGUAACUUAAAAGAAAAGCAUUCGGUUUUAUU